AUGGGAAGAGACCUGUGCCUGCGCCUGAGCCUGUGCUCGUGCCUGAGGGUUGCAGUGAAAGAGGUCGACAGGCCCUCGAACACCGAAAAGUACCUCACCAAGCCAAAGUUGAGCGGCUCGAGACAGUCUCGUUUUGCGCCGAGAGACCCUGAGGAUGCAAUGUGCGGUGAGAUGCGCAAGGUAGGAAGCGCCUUGUUGAAGGAGGAGACUGAGGAUCGCCUGCCCCGUCUGCCACUGGGACUGGGCCCGGUUGAAGUCGUGGCUUCUAUUCGAUGGACACGACAGGAGUGCAGCUGCAAAGCAAGGUACGCCGCGCGUGAAGUCUGGGAAGCGCGCCGGACUAGGUAUUGGGUUGGCCAAGACAAGCAGCCGAUGCAGGUCACCGUAGUAGGUAUGCUUGGUGACGGAGAACUCAAUAACACCAACGAGACGACUGGUCUUUCUUGGGUGUCGGACGACGCAGAGGAUGUAGCAGAUGCCGCGAACGAAAAGCUCAAGCCACGACUAGCAGGGCUCAAUCGUAGACGGGCUGAUGCAACGGACGAGACGACAGUCGAAUGA